AUGAAGUUCACCAUUCAUCUCCUCCUGAUCGCGUUCCUCAUGGCCUUGACCUACGCUGCCACCGAGAACAAGCAGAUCAUCGUCAGCUACCCCAAGGAUACUCCCGACUCUGUGAUCGAACAUGCAAUGGCUGUCAUCAAGGAAGCUGUAAGUAGUUGCUAUAUUCUCCAAUGUUUCAAGUACAUAAAACUCAUAAACAGUAGGNGCGGCAUCAUCACCCAUGAGUAUAAGAGCCUCAUCAAGGGCUUUGCUGCCACUGCGCCCACCAAGGUCGUCAACAGCGUCAAGGCUCUCGGCGAGAAGUACCAGGCCAUCGUCGAGGAUGACCAAGUCAUUUCCGUAGCUGGAUCGUCUUCGUAG